UCCACAAAAGCAGACGUCAAGGGCCUGUGCAUCAAAAUUUAGAAUAAGCGCACGUGCAACUUUCAAUGUGAAAGGUUAAAGUAAUCGAUAACAACACUUCAGAUCCAAUAUGGCGACGCGCUGGUUGCAUCUCUAUUUCCUUGUGUAGAAUGCAUGGUGUGUGUGACUGUCUGCUUUAAAACCAGAACUACCAUGGAUAGAAUUUUUGGGACCCCGGAGGAACCUUUGUUUAAUGAUAAGUAUACAGCUGUGACUGCAGAUAUCCUUCAAGAAUGGCUCAUUUCUCUGGCUUCAAUUAAUAACAAGAGUGUAGCUUGUUCUUCUCCUCAGGAGCAGGGUCUAUUCAAGACGGGUGAUUAUGCAGAAUUUGUCUUCAAUGCAUGUGAAAUUUUUAAGAUGGCUCCCGAAGCAAAGUACCUUGCAUUAGAAAUAUUUGAUAGGUUUAUGGUACAGCACAUCAAGGAUCUAUACAGCCAUGUGACCCAAAGUGGAAGUAACCAUUGCCGAUCUGACUGGAAGGCACUACUUGAUAGAAUCAAGAAUCAGUUGAAACUUCGGGCCGUGUCAUGUUGUCAAAUUGCAAGCAAAUUGACUUCUCACUACAAGAUAAUAUCUGCAUCAAAAGCCCGGAGGUUCCUCCGUGAUCACUGUGGACAUCGUUACGCUGCUGAUGGUAUCCUCCAGUCUGAGCUACGAGUUCUGAAGACCUUAAAUUACAACGUCACUGUACCAUCUACUCUUACCUACAUAGAGACUCUGCUGGAAAUUCUAGGACACAAUGAGCGCGAGGCAGAAGUGAAAGUAUAUCAUGCUGUGUCAAUGCAGGUGUUGACAGUGGUCUACAUUAGCUACUCUGAAGUUUACAAAUGCCUGUUUGAGGUGACCAUUCACUCACCACGCAACAAAGACAGGAAGAAAUACAUGGCAGUAAGAGCGGACAAAAUGCUGCUGGCAGUAUCUGUGAUAGUUUCCUCUGUCUACUUAGCUGAUCAGCUGUUAUCAGAUAGGAUAACAGAGGAGUUAAGCAAGAUAACGCGCAUACCCUGUGAUGACAUUAUAGACCUCACCUCAGUCAUAGUUCAAUUAAUCAUGGAGGGCAGCUAGGACCGUUUGGACCACGAGACAAAGCUUUAUCAUUAAUGCCAGCUGGAGAACUAAAUUAUUUCCUGGAACCAUCUGCCAUAUUGGAUAAACUUCGGCUAAAGGUCAUAUGGAAAGCGAAGAAAGGUUCACCUCAUGAACUUCAAUACUGUGAUUGUGGUGAGAAUUUAGAAACUACUGUCAAGUUUGACGCUCUCAACAUGAAGCUUAUAUAUAGUAAGAAACUGUAGGUAGACAGUGAUAUACAAGCCAGAUUAUUUGACAUUUCUGUUUAUAAAAUUAUAUUUGCAGUUGUUACGUGGUGUACUCAUAGCAUUGCUGGUGUAAUCUUUGUGAUACCUAGUAGCCUACUGAAUGCAUGUUUAGUACAGGUUUACAUUGGUCACUAAUUAUAUAUUGUUGAAAGUUUGCUAUUCUUAUUAGUUAAUUGAAAUUAUCUUAAAUCUUUAAACAUCCGUAUCUGUUAGACGUCUUGAUACAAAAAAAAACUGGAUAUGGGCAUUUGAUUUAGGAGUUAUACUUAUGCAAGACAGUAAGUUCAAUUCUGGGGUAGAUGGAUAUUUCUGUCAUAAAAACAAUUGCCGUUGUUAGAUUACAAAUGAGUUAAUAUGUAGUUGAUAUUUUAGUUCCGAUAUAUACUUUAAACGUGUUAAAUAUGUGAUUUAGUGAUUGUUGUUGGCUUUGAAAAUGAAUUGUUGAUUGUAACAUUUGUUAAAACAAGGUCGAGUUUCGUAUGUAAUUGCUUUGAUUUGUCCGAUAUUGGAUGAAAGGAGUUGUAAAAGGUAAACAUCCCAAAAUUAACGUUCCUGUAACCGAUGUGUUUUAUAAAAAAUGCAAGCAUACUCUUGACUAUGUUAUAUCGUGAUAAUUACUUUAAGUUUAAUGUACUCAGUUUGAUACUAAUAUGUUUAGCUUCUGCUUGCAGUUGAUGUUAAUUAUGAACUUUGACAGUUCAGUGUUUAUUCGGACAUUCAUGCGAAUAGCUGUCGUUGUCAUUGAUUAUUAAAAGGACAUGGAUUGUAUUGAGGCAGCGCCUUAAACAUUUCAUUAUUGGUACAACAAAUGUUGCAAACUCAGUUUGAUAUCUACAUAUGUAUACAUUUUCUAGUUAGAAAUUUGUUGGAAAUUGGUACAGUUAAUUAUCAUUCCGUUCUUAAGCUUUUGUCCGUCUGUCCGUCCGCCCGACUUUCUUGAGUGCGUGCUUCCGUUAUAACCUUGUGCACGCGAUAUCUGUUAAACCCAUGGAAGCUUUAGUUCAUAUGCACACAGCAUCAGUGUAUAAAACUGGUUAGAAUUUGAAUUUCAUUUGUCGAGGUAUAAGGUCAAAGGUCGAGUUGACCAACUUUAAGAACCCCAAUAGUUCAUAUUUACAUGUUACUACAUUAUCAAGGUCUUCACCUGGUUAGAUAAUGGUCUCAUUGUUAAAGGUAAAAGAUUACAUUUGACCGGUUGCUAAAUAAAAAAUGCCAUGUACAAGAUAUAUUUUGAACUUCUUGACCAAUAUAUGUUUCUGAUGAAAGGGGUGGGUUCGGGAUGGUUGUACCUAUAUAUUCCUCUGAUCACUUUGUCUUUAUUCUAUUUCAAGUUUUAUAUUGGUACAGUAAUCGAGUUUGUGUAUGAUAGACGAGUCUAGUGAGUGUGCUGUGUAGUUAUCGCUUUUAACAGUUUGAUACUGAAUGAUAGGCUUAGAUAUUAUAAUGUUAUUGGAACAUGUUUUUUUCAUAAACAGUCUUGCUUACUCAAAUGUUGUGAAAAAAGUGCUAUAGGAAGUCGGAGUAAUUGUAAUUGGAUUUUGAAGCUGGGAACAUACGAACGUUCCAUAACUCAAUAUUCUUUUUGUUACUCCCUUUUCCGAAGUGUCUUGUUUUUAUUGUAAGGAGUUUUGUGAUAAUAUUUGUAAUACUAUUACGAGCUUAUUCGGCAAGGGCCGCUAUAUUUACGUUGUUAAUGAGUUUGUAAGUUAUGUUUAUUUACCAAUACAGGACCUACAUCAAUAAAGUGUUAUACUAUGCAUGUA